UAAGCCUGAGAUCAGGAGCUAUUCAUUAUAAUGUUAUUUAAUUGACUCAGUCCUGGUGGAAAGGAGGUUCUGAAUCAGAUUCCAUGUAAUAGUCUACUCCAUUCAGAUGCCUAACUAGUGAAUGGAACCUAAUGGAUGAUUCUCCCAUGAAUUUAUUUCCCUUUUCAUGUGACCUAUUCCACAAAGUCAUUUCUGACCAUGAGAAAUAAAGGUAUAAGAUAAACCAUGUUUUCUUAUUGUAAUAUGCAAAUGAACAAUCAUUUAACAUAGUCCCUUAUUUGAGAAUUGUGAGAAAGGCGGAAGAAACUGAGGUCAAAGGAGAUUGUUUUACUUUUUUCCCCCUUUUUAAAAAAAUUAAAUUUAUUGGGGUGACAAUGGUUAAUAAGAUUAUAUAGGUUUCACGUGUGCAAUUCUAUGAUAAAUAUAUGGUGAUGGAAGAAGGUUUGACUUUGGGUAUUGGCUCACAAUAUAAUAUACAGAUUGCUUUAAUUUACAUCAAGUGAUAAAGUCAGGGUUAGAGCCUGUGUCUUAAUAAACCCAUAUGGAGCUGUUACCCAUCAAUUAUCUACAUCAGGCUAAAUUAAAAUACCCCAAAUUUUUAAAUCUUUGAGGGAAUCGAUUUCUCACAUCCUAGGACCAAUCACAUGGUAGUAUUUUGAGCACUAAGAGGAAAUACCUAUAACUUCUGAUGGUUCUUGUACACUCAUCAAUAAGAUACCUCACCCUAAUUCUUUUAUUUCUGUGAGAAAUGGGAUUUUUAUUUGCUUUCUUUAACUGUCUUUGGUGAGAUCACUAACAUAUCUUUGCUUUCUUUUUAUAGAAUUAUAUGCAUGUACAGGGUGGGGCACAUGUAGGUUUACAGUUGUUCAUAUGGAAAAUAACACAAUAAUUAAUAAAUAAGAAUAAACUCUGUGUUUCAUGUACUCACAACUGUAAACCUACUUGGCCCUACCCUGUAUAUAUUUGAAUAUGGCAAAAUGUAUUAGAAAACCGAAACCUGAGGUUGCUAAAUGACCCGCCCAGGGUUAGUCAUGGCUUCUCUGUGGCCAAAUAUAGAUAAGGAUGGUGGCCUGUUAACUUCCGCUCCAGGGCCUUGCAUUGACAUCAUUUGUUUUUAAACUUUUUGGCCAUGGAACCCAGAUUUCAACUGAGAUUUUGGGUAAAAAUAGAAAGCAAAGUAGAGCUCUUCUAGUUGAAGCAAGAUGGGGCCUGGAGACAUGUCCACGUGGUUGGUUUUCACUGUAAUGGAUUUCUUAUCACAACACAGGGAAAGACAAACCCCUCAGGUCAAACAUACCCUGCUCUUGUUCUUGUUCUAUUUCUCUUGAGCAUUCCUCCCGCCACCCCACCCCCCCAUCUGAAAGUGAACAUAAAUGGAAAAGCUGGAGGAGGUGAGUUGACACAGACGGGGAGUCACAGCUAUAAAGGAAAUGCCAGGUGUUCCUAGGUGGCUCAGAAUGUUUUUACUGUGUGUCCGGAGGAAGCAGCAGGGGCACUCUGGCUGUGCGAAUCUACUGGUCCCCAAGGAGCCGCAGUGAAAUCCCUGGGGGAAAGAGAAUUGGCCUGCUUCCCUGACAGCGGCGGAUGCACAGUGGAGAGCUGCAUGGGAGGACCAGGCAUCUGGUGGCUACUUUCUACGUUUUACACCAGGAAACAGAAUCAGAUGAAGAGCCCAUGUUUAUCUUGGAAAUAGAAGGUUUAAAAAACAUUUCUACUAAGAACACUACCAUCCUCUUUUGGAUCUGAAGACUGGGGGACAAUGGAUAUCAUAGAGACAGCAAAACUUGAAGAACAUAUGGAAAAUCAAACCAACGAUCCGGCAAACACGUACCCAAGGCCUGCUGAACCUGCCGAAGAAGAAGAGAAAAAUGGCAACGGUAAACCCAAGAGCUUAUCCAAUGGGCUGCGGAAGGGCUCCAAAAAGUACCCAGACUAUAUCCAAAUCUCUAUGCCCACGGACUCCAGGAGCAAAUUCCCCCUGGAGUGGUGGAAAACGGGCAUCGCGUUUGUGUAUGCUGUUUUCAACCUCGUCCUGACGACCGUCAUGAUCACAGUCGUACAUGAGAGGGUCCCUCCCAAGGAGCUCAGCCCUCCACUCCCAGACAAGUUUUUUGAUUACAUUGAUCGGGUGAAGUGGGCAUUUUCUGUAUCAGAAAUAAAUGGGAUUAUAUUAGUUGGCUUAUGGAUCACCCAGUGGCUUUUUCUGAGAUACAAGUCAAUAGUGGGGCGCAGGUUCUUUUUUAUCAUCGGAACAUUAUACCUGUACCGCUGUGUCACCAUGUAUGUCACUACGCUGCCUGUGCCUGGCAUGCAUUUCCAGUGUGCUCCGAAGCUCAACGGAGACUCUCAGGCAAAAGUGCAGCGGAUCCUGCGGUUGAUUUCCGGUGGAGGACUGUCCAUAACAGGAUCGCACAUCUUGUGCGGAGACUUCCUCUUCAGUGGUCACACGGUCGUGCUGACACUAACUUAUCUCUUCAUCAAAGAAUACUCACCUCGUCACUUCUGGUGGUAUCACUUAGUCUGCUGGCUGCUGAGCGCUGCCGGGAUCAUCUGCAUUCUCGUGGCUCACGAGCACUACACGGUGGACGUCAUCGUUGCCUACUACAUCACCACACGGCUGUUCUGGUGGUACCAUUCCAUGGCCAAUGAAAAGAACCUGAAGGUCUCUUCACAGACUAAUUUCUUAUCUCGUGCGUGGUGGUUCCCCAUCUUUUAUUUUUUUGAGAAAAACGUACAAGGCUCGAUUCCUUGCUGCUUCUCCUGGCCGCUCUCCUGGCCUCCGGGCUGCUUUAAGUCUUCGUGCAAGAAGUACUCGCGGGUUCAGAAGAUCGGGGAAGACAAUGAGAAAUCUACCUGAGGGGCAAAACAAAGGCUUCAGCUCUUACACCCAAAGCGGUAUCGCUGUAACCAAAGGGAUAGUUUUGUUUGUUUUCUUAUUUUAGGAGAACUGACUGGUAAGUGAAGAAGUGGACCAAAUUUUGUGUAAACGAUUAGAAAGAUGAACAAAGUGUUACGCUUUGACUGUUUGUUUUUUUACGCCUCCUGAGAAAGUCUUCUUCUCCUGAGGCUCUUCCUUCAUGGUGACAAGCCCUCCACCGGGAUUCCCUGAUGAGCUUGGAAAGAGGUGCCAAAGAACACGUCCGCCUGCCCUUCGUCUUUCUCCACUAAAGCAUUUUUUCAGGAUUUCUUUUCCUCCAGGGUCAGAAGGAUUUGCCAAUGUUUUCAAUAAACUAUCUGGACAGAUACAACCUAAUGUUGAGGGUGGAUUUGAGCACUGGGCCUCUUAGUGAGGGGGAGACGCAGGGGUUGUGAGUAAACUUCGGGUGAACUUAUUCUCCCUGUCCUGGGGAAGGUCAGGGUCAGGUCUGCGAAUACGUACUGCUGCUACCACCCAAUGUACUAUGUGUCACUUUUACUUUAUUUUUUUUAACUGAUAAUUUUAUUUAAAACAUGAAAGAAGCGUGAUCUAAGUAAAUAUGGAAAUAUUUGACACACCCCACAGAUUUUACUUGGGCGUAAAUACUUACUUUUAAGAUCUCUCUGACAGAUGCACACACAGGGAGCAGGGCUGUUUCCGCUCACAGUGGUCCUUGUUUGCACACUGGCUGAGCACAGGCUGAAAAACACGUGUGUGAACUGUGGCUCGUGCCACGUGGGGAACAAGCCUGCAUUUCUCGCCCGGGUCCCCCCCGGGUGAGGUCUGUUUCAGAGCUGCUCACUGGAACUCAGAAAUGCAAUUGGUCACAUCUCACUAAGCCCACUUCUUUCUAGUUCCAUUCUGCUUUAUGGGAAAAGGAAGACGGAGUCCAAAAGCUGAAUGAAUGCAUCCUUUUUAAGAGGCCCAGCUUCUUGUAAACAGAGUGCUUAUAGGAAGGAAGGACUAAGGAGACAGACCACAAUGAAGUCGUUCUGCUCUGACCCUGACAGGACACCACGGCGCUGCACGCUCACCUGCUGCUGGAAUCCAGGCGGUAGACAGCACAGCUGGUCGUUUCUAAAGUUCUUUCAGGUGAUGCGGAAAAAAAAGAUGGACUUGAUCAGAUUUAAUGCUGUCAGAGUUCAUGCGUUGUUUCAUGCUGUUGGGGCUGUGGACAAUUCUUAAUUUCUUACAACUUCUAGGACCUUAGGAAAAGAUCUAUUAAGUUACACAGUCAUCAGCACAGAGAACAGAGAGGCCAACUCUGUGGGAAGGCAGUUACAUUUAUAUUGAAGGCAACAAUUUCCCACCCCUUAGAAUGAAAACAAAAAUGAAAAACCACCCCUAAAUUUGCCAUGAACCAGUCAGCCCUGAGUUGAUAUACAAAAUUGACCUUCAAAUUACUUGAGCGAAGCACAGUACACACUGACAUGUGUUCAGGAAGGGUCUUUAUCCUUUGGUGCUAAAAUUCUCUGUGCUUCCAGUGUAGCUCCUGCUCUGUGUAAUAGAAGAAUCACUAAAGGAAACAUGGUUGAGUUCAACACCAGGAAGAAAGAUUUUUCUAAUCUGGUAUUUGAAACAAGAAACAAAACCCUAAACCUUCUUGGCAGGUUUUCAAAUGCAGGAAGUUUUUCUGGUAUUUAUCAUUAAACCAAUAAGAAACAUAUCCAUACCUUACCAGAUGUUUAGCUAGAAUUCCACAUAAUUUUCGCCUACGAAAUAUGGGCACGUGUGAAAAAACAAGGUGUUCUGUGUGAAGACACUGGUGUUAAAUUCCUGUUGUCCAAUUGUGAGGAAAAACAUAUGACGCGGAAGCCUGGGCUUUGCUCUCCUAACACUGGUACAUUGAGCCUCUGACUUAAAUAAGACAACCUGGUAUAUCUGAGAGCCUUAUUCCUACAUUGUAGAUAGCCCACUCUUCAUCAAAUUAAAUUAGGGAACGUAUUUAAGCUUUUAAAAUCCUGGCGCGUUGAUUGCUGGAGGCCCUCGAAAUAGUAAACCUUGCAUUUUAGUCAGGUAACUAGUUUUGUUUUUAAAUAAUGCCAUCACCUUUUCAAGAACUUUUAAAAGGACUUCUGACUCCACCUGUGGACACUGCUGCUCCCAUGCUCCUCACAGAGUCUACCAGGGGUGGGCAAACUUUUUGACUCGAGGGCCACAAUGGGUUCUUAAACUGGACCGGAGGGCCGGAACAAAAGCAUGGAUGGAGUGUUUGUGUGAACUAAUAUAAAUUCAAAGUAAACAUCAUUACAUAAAAGGGUAUGGUCUUUUUUUUUUUUAGUUUUAUUCAUUUCAAACGGGCCGGAUCCGGCCCGCGGGCCGUAGUUUGCCCACGGCUGGUGUAUGCCAUAGCUCUGUCAUUGGCACUGCAGGAGCAUGUGGUACCAGAAUAAGGGUGAAGGGGAAAUACCAAGUUUCAAGGUGGGAAGGUGAGAAUAGUGAAUCUCAUUUACAUUUAGAAAAGCAAACGUGAGGUCUAACCCAACAUCCCACUUUAGAGUAUGAAACACGAACAAUUACUAGACGUAGGGUGGUGAUCACUUCACAGUCUAUAGAAAUCGCAAAUCAUUACGUUGUAAACCUGAAACUAAUACGUCACUUAUAUCUCUGUUUUAAAAAAUUUCGAUCUUGCCUCUCAAACAGUAAACUUUUGGAGCUCCUUUUCCUGCUUAAUCAAUAUAUAACAUCGAUUACUGUUUUUGUGAACUUGUACUCCUCUUGGAAGCUUUUCCUAUAAUUUAGUCCUCUGUGCAGUAUCUAUAACAUGUAAUUCCUCUAAGUUAUAACACUUUUUUUCUAAAUUCUUUGAAAUGGGAAUGAAUUCCUCUCAUUAUAAUUUUGGAGCUCCUCCACCAGCUCUGAAAAUAAAGCGUUCUUCCUCAAGUCCAGUGGAAGUAAUUUGGAAUUUUUAAUUUAAUUUACUGGCAUCUUGGAAAACAAGUUUUGCUGUGGAAGGAAUGCUGGCUGGAGUGAGGGCGAGUCUUUAGUCUGCUUUAUGGAUGACUUUGCAUUAGGUUCUUGGCUGUAUACCAGCGCCCCCUUGCGGAAAUAUGUUAUAUGACUUUGAACACAAACCUGCCACUUUUUAAAGUGUAUUUUCAAGUUUUUAAAAGGCAUAUGUUUUUUAUUUAUUUUUUGCGAAUAAUCUUGAAAGCAUAAUGAAAAUGGAAUUAUGUUAAAGGUAUUUUAAACCUUUCCCAAAGGGAAAAUGUACUUAGAUCACAGGGAGUUGCAAUUCUAAUCUUUUAUCCAUUUGAUCAAAGAAAAUUUGCAGACCAUUUUUACCUCUCACCAUCACAAUCAUUAAUGUCUCCCUUUAUAACUACCGACACUUUGUUUACUUUGAAACACCAAGUUGGCUGCCUUUUUUAUUUUACAUGUUAGAACUCAUGCAGUUUCUUUUUUUUUUAUCACAUCUUGUUCCUUGGAUAUUUUGAACAUUUUUGAAUUAUUUUUUAUGUUUAUUUUUGUUUUGCACUGUAAAACCGAUUAAAAAUUUAAGCCGGUCUUAGCACACUUCUGUAGUGUCAGGAAGUGUAAGAAGGAAUUUCAUAAUAAAUGUGUUUGCAUGUUUAAAUCAAGCAUAUUAAAAGUAAUAUGCUAUGUGUUGAAGGUUUUUCUGUUAUGUAUGUAUAAAGAUUCCUAGCAUUUUUGUUUAAUGUCAUUGUGUUGCAAUAAUUUAACUCAGUUGACUUACUUGCUGAAAAUAUUUUGUCUAUUAAGAAGUGCUCUUGACUUCAAUACCUAAACACUGAAAAUUGUGUCUAAGGUGCCCAAAGAUAAGUUUUUAUAUAGAUUUACACCUUAUGAGUUGGGAUUUGUUUUGUUAUUCAUUAAUUUAACUAUGCUGUGUUCUGAAUGAAUGAUGAAUGACACUAGUUCUUUAUUCUGAAAUUAUUUAAAAUUGUCCUUUAAAAGAAUAAGAGGAAGCUAUAAAUGUAAGCUGAUCUAGUUGCCAAGUUGGGAUUCAUUAUUUAAUUUAACUCCUAUGCAAUGAUUAAUGCUGCAAAAUGUAUGGUUAUGUUAUGGUAUAGUCACAAAAGAAAUAUUAUUAUGAGGUUUGAGAGGUGUAGCCUAUUGUAUUCUUUCAGAAAUUUACUGUACUGUUUCAAUGUGUUAAGUGCCUUGUUGUAAAGUAAAAUUUUAAGCCUAGAAUGCAUUAUUUUCCUGAUAUAUAUUUUUCAUUAUGAUAUAUACUGUAUGUUAUUGUAAUAGUUUUAUUAAAUGCUUAUGUUUUAAUCAAAUAUGUGAUUUUCAGAAGCUCUUUUCUCCUACCCACCAGUACCUUAAUCAUUAGUCUAUCAUAUGGGGUUUGAAUUCAGGUCCUUUUUUUUAAAGAGGAAAUUAUCUUUGUUUAGAAGUAUGUUUUUCAUGCUUGUGCUUUUAUAUUUGUAAAAACAUUUCAGGAGGAAUUUAGAAGUGUAACUAUAGUUUGUACUUCAAAAUGCCAUUUUACAUUUACAUUUUAAGUGCCUAAUUGUUAGUUAAAACUAAUUUAUGUUUUUAUUCUAAAGACAAAUGUGUACUUGGUUUCUAAUCUCGUUGGCUUUGCUUUAAAAAAACACACAAAAAAGCAAGAGCCUCUACUUCCUAUUUACCCAAUAAACCACCAUGACAGCAACAGUA